CCCCACCUACCACCAUGCAGCUCACCUCCGCAUUCACCCUUCUUGCUACUCUCGUGAGCGUGGUCGUAGCCCAUGAGGGCCAUGACCACGACAUGCAGAUGCCUCUUGACUACGUCAAGUUCCCGUACCAGGCUGCUUACCCGGGCGACAACGAAGUGACUGCCGACUCAAUCUUCUCCGGCAUCACGACGUUUGCCAAGCUGCCUUGGGUGAAGUGCCUGGGAAAAGAGAGGACUGAGGCAUUCGACAUUGCGUUCAUCGGGGCGCCCUUCGAUACUGGCACGUCUUACCGUCCCGGCGCCCGAUUCGGCCCUGCGGGAAUCCGCGCGGGUUCGCGUCGUCUGACGCUCUACGGCGGUUACAACGUGCCCCUUGCCGUAAACCCCUUCAUGGCGGGGUUGAAGCUGGUCGACUGCGGCGACAUCCCGGUUACUCCUUACGACAACAAGUACGCCAUCCAGCAGAUCGAAGACGGUCACAAGGAGCUCCUUCACCGCCCUACCUUCUCACCGCUCGGCAACGACACUCUGACCGGGAAGCCCCUCGUUCCCAUCUCCGCCGAUGGCAAGCACCACCCUAGAAUCAUCACUCUCGGCGGCGACCAUACUAUCGUGCUCCCUCUGCUGCGGUCGAUCCACAGUGCUUACGGCGCCAUUUCUGUUAUUCAUUUCGACAGUCAUCUUGACACCUGGAAGCCUGAGGUCUUCGGCGGCGCGCCGUCUCAGCAGGCGGCCAUCAACCACGGCACUUACUUCUACUGGGCUAGCCAGGAGGGCCUCAUUAGCAACGGGUCGUCAAUUGCAAGUAUCCACGGCGCGAUUCGCACCACGUUGUCUGGCCCUGCCGAUUACGCCAACGACGAUGCGUCUGGCUUCCAGCGCAUCGAGGCACGCGAGAUUGAUACGAUCGGCACGGCUGGUAUCAUCAAAAAGAUUCGUGAGACCGUCGGCGACAGGCCCGUGUACCUGUCCAUCGAUAUUGACUCCAUUGAUCCCGCAUUCGCACCUGCGACGGGUACUCCGGAGACCGGGGGAUGGUCCACGCGCGAGCUGCGGACGAUCCUCCGGGGCUUGGACGGUUUGCACAUCGUGUCUGCUGACAUCGUCGAGGUCGCUCCUGCGUACGACACUAACGCCGAGCUGACCACCAUGGCAGCUGCCGACGUCCUGUACGAGGUCGUCAGCGUCAUGGCGAAGACGCCCUUAGGUAAGAUCAUCGUCGACUAGUUGUAAAAGGUUUUGGUAUUACGGCACCAUCGUCCCGGCAUCGUGUAGUUCCCGGUUCAAUCGAGUAUU